AUGUCUUGGUUGAAACGAUCUCUUCUGGGAUUAUUGGCAUCUCUCGGAAUAUUUAUUGCUAUUUUCUUUGGCGAAGUCUCUCGCGCACAAACGGAAAACCAGGCUGCUGCCCAAGCAUUCUUUGAACGUGCUCAGCAUGACACACAAGGGCAUACGAAUAACUGGGCUGUGCUUGUCUGUGCCUCGAGAUAUUGGUUUAACUAUAGACACAUGGCCAAUGCUCUAGGAAUGUACCGCACCGUCAAACGGCUUGGUAUUCCAGACUCUAAUAUCAUUUUGAUGUUGGCGGACGACGCUGCGUGUAACACACGGAACAAGUUCCCCGGCUCUGUAUACGCCAACCCUGGUCGGCAGAUGGACCUCUAUGGAGAUAAUAUUGAGGUGGACUAUCGAGGAUAUGAAGUUACAGUUGAAAACUUUAUUCGUCUCUUGACUGGCCGAGUGGAGCCUUCUCUUCCGCGCUCGAAACGACUUUUGACCGACGACCGAUCGAAUAUAUUUGUAUACAUGACGGGCCAUGGGGGGAAUGAAUUCCUCAAAUUUCAGGACAAUGAAGAGAUCAGCGCUUUUGAUAUCGCUGAUGCGUUCGAACAGAUGUGGCAGAAAAAGCGGUACAAUGAGAUCUUUUUCAUGAUCGAUACUUGCCAAGCGAACACUAUGUACUCCAAAUUUUAUUCGCCAAACAUUCUUGCAACUGGGUCAUCAGAAUUGGGCGAGAACUCAUAUUCGCAUGAGAACGAUCACGAUAUAGGGGUAGCGGUUAUCGAUAGCUACACGCACUAUGUACUCCAAUAUUUGGAACAGAUUAAUAAGACAAGCAAGGCGACAAUGGCAGAUCUGUUUGCAAACUAUGACCCUGUCCGAAUUAAAUCUCAUGCCGGAGUCCGCUCCGACCUCUUCAACCGCCCCUUGAGUGCUACGAAAGUCACCGAUUUUUUUGGAGGAGUCGCUCAAAUCGAAGUAUUAGAUGAACCGAUCCCGAGCUUACCAGCUUUUUGCUCUGCGCAAGAACAGCCUCUCUCGGAAGCAUCCUCACAAGGUCGCUCCAGCGAUCGCCCCUCAUCGAGGGAUUCGUCAUCUCAGGCACACCCGAUCUCAGCUAACCAUCCGAGCUUCCCCUCUCGAGCCAAAUGGCAUUCUGGAAAUACGCCUCCGGCAAACGAAUUAAUUGGUGGCGCAGGAAGAGACGGUUUAUGGGCGGCCACGGCCAUCGUUGGCGGGCUAAUCAUGUGGUCUAGAUUGAGGGUUUCGUUGCGAAUUUAG